AUGGACGUCCUCUACGUCUCGUCGGGCGGGGGCUUCAUAUCUGCGCCAGCAAUGCCGGUGCCUUCUCUGCCGCCUGGCAACUCGGAGUGGGUUCUCCUCAACGUGGGCGGGCAGUAUUUCGCCACCACCAAGACCACGCUCACUUCCUCGGAUCCCCGUUCCAAACUCGCCGGCAUCUUUUCCCAGGGACCAAACGCCGCGGACUUGGCUGUCAAGAAGGACGCACAGGGCGCCUACAUGUUCGACCGCGACCCGGUGUAUUUCAAGCCACUGCUCAACUAUCUUCGCUACAAGAAGCUUGUGCUCGACAAGGGGGUGUCGGCAGCAGGUGUUCUGGAGGAAGCCAAGUACUUUGGGAUCGAGAGCCUGGUCAAAGACCUCGAAGCCCUCAGCAAGGAGGAAGAGAGAACCGGCAUCGAGAACGACGUCCAGCCCGGACUCGGUCCGGGCCCGGCAGAGCGUGCAGGCAACCGGCCGCUUACUCGGGACGACGUCAUAUACGCCACUGCGAGGAUGCCCGUUGCCGACAUUCGUUUCCAGGCCGCGGAUUUUACGGGUGCCGACCUCUCGAGCCUGGACCUGCACCGAAUCAACUUCAAGUGGGCCAAACUGCGCAACUGCAACCUGUCCCACACCAACCUCAGCCACUGCUGCUUCGAGGACGCCGACCUGAGCGGAGCCAAGCUCGAGAGAGCUCAGCUUCUCGGGGCAAAGUUGAACAAGGCUAACCUGUCUGGAGCCAACAUGAAUCACUGCGUUCUGGGACAACAAGGCGAUAUCGCUUCCAACAGUGCUAACCUCGAAGGGGCCAACCUGCAGGACGCCGUGCUGGACGGGAGCAAGAUGUACGGCGUCAAUCUCAAGGGGGCGCUUCUGAAGAAAGCCAGCAUGGUAGGCUGCGACAUGCGCAGCGCAGUCCUUACCGGUGCUACCAUGGUGGACUGCAACUUGUCCAGCUGCAACCUGCAAGACGUGGUCCUCGGCUAGUGGCUGGCGACACGCGAAGCGUCCUGACGCAAUCUCGGCCGAAGAGCGAAUUAUCUAAAUGAACCCGUCCAAUUG